CAACCCGCUUGAUCAUCAAAAUCCCCAGACACGAACCUUUCCCAAACAUAAACCUUAAAACGAAGAUUCUGAUCGCAGAGAGGCUUGUGUCUUGUUGAUCUUUCUCCCACCUUUCCUAUUCAACGCGUCGCGAAAAUGGCAAGCCUCUACAGAGGGCCUUCUAGGAAAGAGAAACCUCGCCCAGGGAGACAUCAUGGGUUGAAUCAGCAAAAGAGGCAGGAGAUUAAGGAAGCUUUCGAGUUGUUCGACACUGAUGGCUCAGGCACUAUUGAUGCUAAAGAGUUGAAUGUUGCCAUGAGGGCUCUUGGAUUCGAGAUGACAGAAGAGCAAAUUAACCAAAUGAUCGCAGAUGUUGACAAGGACGGAAGUGGUGCCAUUGACUUUGAUGAGUUUGCUCACAUGAUGACAGCAAAAAUCGGGGAACGGGACACAAAGGAGGAACUCAUGAAAGCAUUCCAUGUCCUUGACCAAGAUAACAAUGGUAAGAUAUCUACUGCAGACAUUAAGAAGAUUGCAAAGGAGCUGGGUGAGAAUUUCACCGACAGAGAGAUUCAAGAGAUGGUCGAGGAAGCAGACCGGGACCGUGAUGGAGAAGUCAGCGUUGAUGAGUUCAUCAGGAUGAUGAAGAGAACAGCAUAUGGCUAUUAGAAUUCAGAGUAUCAUUUACCCUUCUGCUUGGUGUUGAACUGUUGAUAGCCUGGUCCCCCCAAUGUAUUUGUGUUGUAUUUAUAAGAACUAAAGAGUGAUUGUAGACAGAUUCUGUUUCAGACAUUAUUUGUGCAAUUAUGAUCUCAGACAUGGUGCUUUAGAGCUCGUCUUCUGCCACGCUGUAGUACUCAGAGCCGUGGCACUUAUCAGUAGGAUAUAUGGAAGAUAGCCCCUCUAUUUGAUUCAUUACUAUUUUCCCAUCUCAA